AUGUAUGGUACCUCAGCGACAUCACAACCCUCUGGAAGAGGGGAUCUGCUAUUAUGGAUUAAUAGCGUUUGCACUGCGCAGUACCCAAACGUUGAAUCAUUGCGUGAUGGUGUUGCGUAUUGCACCAUAGUUGAUGCUGCAGCUUCUCGUGUGGCGGAAAACUGCACUGCGCUCAGACUACCAGAGGCAAAUGUUGCUCAAACAAGGGCAAAACGUGCAGCUAGGCUUCUUAGUCGUGUUGAAUGGAGUGUUACAACGGUUACUUGCAUAAAUCAGGACCCUUCUUCAGAUACUAUGCAGGAGCGUGGAUACUGUGAAAAGAACAUGCAGACACUACAACUUAUGCUUCGGGGCUGCGUACCUCCGGAGUUUUCUUUGGAAGUAGAUGUGUCACGUUUGGCGGCAGGAAAGCUUCAAGAGCAUAUCAUGCUUCUGAAGUGGAUGUACCGGUUUUUGAAAAAGAUGCUUAGCACGUAUUCUAGAUCUGCUCUUGAGCGGCGAGCCAAUACGUCUGAAGGUGGUGGGUAUAUAGAAGGAGUGAGACUGACAAGAGCUAUGAAGUUGCAGCAAAAAAUGGUUCGAGAGAAGUACGGAGGGCCUAAUGUUCUUGGAUCUUCACCUGAAAACGAAACAAAGAAUACUGAACUACUGACCAGUGUGGGGGAGUAUUCUGCAGCCCCCGAGUUCACCGAAGCAAAGAAUAAUAAACAAAUCACACAAUAUGCUUCUUUUUCUACCACUGAAUCUGGGGCGGUUGAAGGUAUAAAAAAUCUAACCGACACGUUAUUGAAACCUCAACAGAGGCAUCGAGAUAAAACAGGCAGUUGCAAUCUGCAUACGAGCAAGCGAAGUUCUAAACUGAAUGGUGAACCUUGCGGCUCUGAUUUUCCUUCAAAUGUGUGUGUAGAAUCUUUAUCGUUUUGUGUGCCAGAGGAGUAUGUUGCAAUGUUGGAAGAUUUGAGGCAGGAGGUUGAGUUCUAUGAGGCAGUUGUUCUUGCCACACAUGGACGCCACCAGCGUUGUCUAACAGGUUUUAAAGACGGCCAGGACGGCUCUUUUGCUGAAGAGCGUUCUAGUGAUGAGGGACCACUAGCGAAGAGGACGUCGAUUAUAUCAUUGGAACAGCUUGGUCUAUUACUGGAGGAACGAGACAAGUUGUGGCAAACUCUGCAGGUGCUUCAGGAUGUUCUUGUACGGAAUGCAUGUGACGAAGAAGAGGGAAGUGGAAGUGCCAACUCUGCCUUACCACUUGUGAGGAAAAUAAUGUUGGCACUUUCUCCCUUAUAG